AUCACAUUCAGGCGCCGAAUUUUGAUGAUCUUAAGGCUAAGUUUAUUUUCCUUCGAAUUAUCUUAGCCGCUCUCACUUCUGCGCGCCAAAAACUUACACGCAGUAAACAACUACAGGAAAAAGUUAUUCUCUUGUUUUGGUUUCUCAAUAUUUUCACCUCGAUAUUUUUCGUAAUAAAUUGCUUAGAAACAACAUCAAAAUCAUGAGCGAAGACGAACAGAAAUCAGAGAUCGCAGAGAAACAAAAUGAAGCUGAAUCAAUAAACGGUGUCGAUCAUAUCACGUCCAGAGCCGAUUUCACACCGUAUUUUAUAAACAGUGAUCAUAGUGUGAAUAAAAUACACGUUUCAAAGGUGCCGCAAAUUUGUCGCACAGAACCAUGUCAGUUGGGGGUAGACGAGGCGGGUCGAGGUCCUGUUCUAGGUCCGAUGGUUUACGGAAUUUCAUACGGUCCACUGAGCGACAAGCAGCUACUGGUGGACUUGGGCUGUGCGGAUUCGAAGAGCCUGACUGAGGAUCAGAGGGACGCAAUUUUUGACAAGAUAUGUAAAAAUGACGAUAAAAUGGGCUGGGCAGUAGAAGUAAUAUCACCCAAUGUCAUAGCGAACAGCAUGUACAGGCGUAGCAAAGUUACGCUUAACGAGGUAUCGAUGAACUCUGCGAUCGGAUUGAUCAGGAGGGCGAUAGAGGCCGGAGUCAAUCUCGCAGAGGUUUACGUUGACACUGUUGGAAAACCUGAAAAAUAUCAAGCAAAACUGAAAGAGAUAUUUCCCGAGCUCAAAAUAGUCGUUGCAAAAAAGGCUGAUUCCACGUAUCCUAUCGUUAGUGCAGCUAGUAUCUGUGCCAAAGUGUCCAGGGAUCAUGCACUGAGAGCGUGGCAGUUUAGGGAGGGAGAAAACGAGAACGAGUAUGGUAGUGGGUACCCAAAUGAUCCUGUAACAAAGAAAUGGCUCACUCAGAACAUCGAUCAAGUUUUUGGCUUCCCUCAAUUGGUCAGGUUCAGUUGGUCGACAGCUGAGAAAAUUCUUGAGUCAAGCGCGCUAGCCGUUGAUUGGGAAGAGGUCAACGACGAGGAAUCUACCCCGACUAAUCAAAAGAUAUCUAAAUUCUUUAGUAAAGUUGAUGCGCACCAACAAGUUAACAGGAACAAACACAGGUUCUUUGCGGACAGGUGCUUGACCAAUGCGACUAGCCUCUGACUGUUGAUAUUGAUUUUAUUCUAUUGAAAAGAGGAAAAUUUUAUUAUUGCACUUGAGUUUUAAAUAGUUGACACAACUUCUUGAAGUAUAAAAACGAAGUCAGAUAUUUUAAUUUGCAAGUUAAAAUAAGCGGACAAUUUCAGGCAAAUUGAUUUCCUGUUGUCUACUUCGAUUUUUAAUAUGUUUUUGAAAUGUUAGAUGAGUUCUGUCAGUUUUAUUUUUAAUAGUUAAUUUAAACGACCUGAGCCCUAGGUCACUUUUUUUUCUCAAAUUUAUUUAUUGUUACUUUCAGCAUUAUAGAUUUGAAAUACCAUAAAAUUCGACAGUAUUGUCUCAUUAUAUUGUACCGCCUUUGUAUUACAAUUAAAAAAAUAAAGCAUUAUUUCUGAUAUUA